AGCUUCUUGAGUCAACCGAUAUGGAUGGUUUGAGGCAGAUGGCGGUGGCAUCCCAGAUGUGAGGUAAACGGCCGAUUCAUUUGGUCACAUGCCCCGCCCGGCAGUUGCAUUUUCAUCCAAUGCUUGCCAGGUGUCCGAAUCGUCCUUGAUCAGAGUUGAGUACGAUGAAUGCGUGGAGGUGUGCGGGGUUGGCCGGUGGCAUCCCAUUCUGCCGAGCGAGAGUCGCGAAAUCCUCCGCCAGAGAGACGCUAACAUCAAAGAUUUCCAAGUGACAACAAGGGGAGUGGCACACCAGAUCAACUUGGAAAGCAUGUUGCGAACCGAGUGCCACUCUGGCAAAAGUUGGGCCAUCCGCUUCGCUGACAUUGAGCAUGUGGAAGUUCCCGCUGGUGGAGGAAUUGAACGUUUCCGACGUGCAUUUUUGCGAAUGGUGCAUGCUGACAAGUGGUAUGAACCCUAUUCUUCCGCGCCGUAUCUUACCCAAGAUUUGUUAUUCCAACAUUGGCCUGGCAACGUGGAGGACGAACAAUUGCUGCACACAACUGUCGAGGAGGUUUUCCAGGGGAUGACCAUGACGAACCUCAGGUAUGUGAACAUGGCAGAAUGGCUCCACUAUUGGAUGCUCCUUCAGGAUGAUCCUGCUAGCACAGCAGUGGCCAGCACAAAUGGCCGGCUGCAGUUGCUUUUGCAAUACGACCCAAAGGUCUUGGAGAGAUUGCAAUUGCUCUUUGAAGCUGCCGCGGAGCCUUCUCCGGCUACAGGUCAGCUGUCCAUGUCACAUCAAACCUUGCUUCAGGUGUGCCAAUCGCUCGUGCUGCAGCCAGAUCCGUUGCUAGAGCAGGAAUUCGCAAAGGAGGCUUUGGAACGACAUGUGAACGGCAACUGUGUGUUUGAAGAAGAUGACCAACUUCUUUACCACGAUUUCUUGAGCAUCAUGCUGGGGCGACAGCGGCAUAGAGUUUAUUUAUGGAUGUACGACAUCAGCUAUGGAAAGGCAAAAUCUUGGUCCUGGCUAUUGGGCAGGCACUUCACGGCAUUUUGGCACACCGCAGUUGUGGUGGAAUUCGCGGAGUCUCCUAUGGAAUUCUGGUACGGGGGAAAGCUGUUUGUCUCAGAUGCUGGCACUACUCCGUUUGGCGACCCUGUGGAGAAGAGAUUCAUGGGCUAUUCAUACAAGAGCAAGGAGGAGGUGGUGGAUUAUAUCAGUCGAUGUUUAGGCCCGGACUUCCACAAGGGCAACUAUGAUUCGUUCACGCACAACUGUAAUCACUUCAGUGACAAACUGCUGAUGCACCUCACCAACGAGCAUGUUCCAAGCGAGAUCCUGAACCAACCUGAGCUUAUCAUGAACUCCACUGCCAUCCUGCAACUUUUGCGGCCCUUCCUCAACAGGUGGUUGGGCAACGUCCAACUGGGCGAUGAGCUCCAAGCAAACUCUGCCGAGGAACGAGAAAGCGAAUGUCUCUUGGGGCCGCUGGCCUUGGUUUCCUUUGUUCGCAGAGAUGGUGGCCUUGAGAUUCAAGGUCGGGUGGAGUCGCUCGAAGAUGACUACUGCGUGAUCAAGAGUUUGGACUUUUGGCGUUCAUGCCCAGUGCUGCGACGGCUGAAGAAAUCGCAGAUCACCUGUGUACUGGAGCGAGGCCUGCAGAGGGCACGCUCGAUUCGUCGUGGCCUUCCUGCGCGAGGAAACGUGAAUGGGAAGGCAUGCUGCUGGUUUCCAAGUUUGUUGACCUCAUUGGAGCCAACUAUGGUUGCGAAGCCGAGCGCUUUGAGCUUCCGCAGCGUGGAGGAUGGUCCGGUGGAGGUUGCGAACUUCUGAAGCUUGGAGCUAAUCAGCAAAUCCUGCUGCUUGGAACCAAUUUCGGAAAUACCUUUAAGACACAGGAAAGGCAAGCUGACAGGUAGUUUAUAUAUGUUUGCUGGGUACUUGGUCAAUGUCCUCGAACGCGGAAAUAUGUUUUUGCCGCUGGACAUCAGGGUGCGCCAGACAUCCUGAAAUGCACUGGCUUUGUUUGCAACCAGCUAGUGGUGACCAGUCCAAAAGGAUUGUCAGCCGCUGGGGGCCCGAAGGAGCUCACAAGCAAUCAUAAACACUCACAGUCAAUCUGAUUGCAGGCCAGUCCUCAGAAAGAGAGAACUUGUAGUACGAACGGGGGGAUGAGAAGAUAUCAGCAAAAGUUUGUAUUUCUUGCCAUGUUUUUGUUUACACAUGUCACGUCAGUGAUGGCUAUCUUGGAAGCCCCUGGUUGCAAGUACUAAUGGAACUACUGCCACUGCCACAGGCAGUGUUGGGAAGUGUGACUCGUUUGCAACUAAAGGUUGCUCAAGAGUUGCCACGGUGGCCGAACGCGCGCAUGUAGAAACCACAAGAAGUCCCCGCAUGUUUUGCUCCUGCUUUGUGUUAGUUAGUUUUGUGCCAUGUUCAGGGCUGAACAAUUUUUGUUGGCCAUUUGGACUCAGCGCUAGUGCCGCUAGUGCAGAGUGAUGGGCCACCAUGGACUAUAGGAACAGGGCUACAUAGAAGAGGGCAAGCAAGUUGCGUUUUGGUCACGACUGAAGGUGACCGAAUUCCAGAUUCACAUUUGACCCAUGUUUGGAGCAUUCCCAUACCCCAACAGCUAACAGC